GCAACAUUAUGGUUACAGUUGUUACUUGUUGGAAUGAUCAAUGUGAAGUUCGAACUGUUUGCAUGUCGGACUCUUGCUAGCUGGGGGUUGUUUGGUGCACCGAAAUAACGUGAUAUUUUGCUGGACACAAGUAUGGGGAGCGAGCAAGAGGUUUCACGGCUUGAGCUAGAGGCGGUCAUAGGCUUCAAUGGACAUGUGUGCUCCGGACUAAUGGUGCAUCCCGAUAGGGAACAUUUGAUCUAUCCUCUGGGAUGUACUGUAAUUCUAAAAAGUCUCAAAAACAACAAGCAAACGUUUCUUCACGGACAUACCAACAAUGUUUCCUGUGUCAGCGUGUCCAAAAGUGGAAAUUUCAUCGCAUCUGGUCAAGUCACCUUCAUGGGCUUCAAGGCCGAUGCCAUCAUCUGGAAUUUUGCCAAGAAAGAGAAGCAUGCACGGCUUCAGCUCCACAAAGCCAAAGUGGAGGCUCUGGCCUUCUCCCCAAAUGACAAGUAUCUUGUGACUCUUGGUGGACAAGAUGAUGGAAGUGUUGUUGUUUGGAACAUUGAGACGGGUGAGGCCAUCUGCGGAAGCCCAGCCUCAGCCCACAGCGCGGGUCACUGCUUGACCGUCCAGUACUCCAACCUGAACGACAACGUGUUUGUCUCCGCGGGAAAUGGCACCAUCCGCGUGUGGGAGCUCGACCUCCCGAACAGAAAGAUCCGCCCCACCGAAUGCCAAACCCGGCAGCUGAAGAGGAUUGUCAAAUGCAUCGAGAUCCCUGAGGAUGACAGCUACUUCUACUGUGGGACGACCAGCGGAGACAUUCUCAAAGUCAACCUCAGCACGCAUCUGCUGAAUGGCUGCGGGCCCGUCAAGCACAAAUUCAGUCAGGGUGUGAACACCAUGAAGAUGCUGAGGACAGGAGAUCUGCUGGUGGGCUCUGGGGACGGUAUGCUCACCAUGUGCUCUGGGACCAACUUCAAAAUCAUAAAGAGCGUGCAGCUGGAGGGAAGCGUGACCUCUGUUGCCCUGCGUGGAGAGGGCCAUCAGUUCUUCGUUGGCACCGAGGCGGCGCAGAUCUACCGCUUUGGCUACACGGACUUCAAACCCGAGCUCUUCUCCACCAAUCACAACAGCGCAGUGAAGGGUGUGGCUUUCCCUUUUGGGUCGUCGGAGCUCUUUGCCACCUGCUCAGCGGAUGACAUUAGGGUCUGGCACGCCAACACGUCCAGAGAGGUGCUCCGGAUCUCGGUGCCCAACAUGACCUGCAAUGCACUGGACUUCAUGCGGGACGGCAGAAGCAUCGUCAGUGCCUGGAAUGACGGUAAGAUCCGCAUCUUCACCCCUGAGACUGGUCGUCUGAUGCUGGUCGUCCAUAAUGCCCACAGUAUGGGCGUGACUGCUCUCGCCUGCACCAGAGACUGCCAGAGGAUCGUCAGUGGGGGAGGAGAGGGACAGAUCCGUGUGUGGGAGAUCCUCAAGGGAUGCUACAGGCUGGUUGAGACCAUGAAGGAGCACAAGGCAUCAGUGAACUGCAUCAAAAUCAAGAGCAACGAUAAGGAGUGUGUCAGCGCCAGCUCAGAUGGGGCCUGUAUCAUAUGGGACCUUGUGCGUUACGUGAGGAAUCAGAUGGUCCUGGCCAACACUCUCUUCAGAAGCGUCUGCUACCACCCCGAGGAGUAUCAGAUUAUCACCAGUGGCACGGACCGAAAGAUUGGCUACUGGGAGGUGUAUGAUGGAGCUGCCAUUAGGGAGCUGGAAGGAUCCCUAUCAGGGGCCAUCAAUGGCAUGCAUAUCACUCAGGAAGGGGACUAUUUUGUCACUGGUGGUGAUGAGAAGCUGGUGAAGGUGUGGCACUACUCUGACGGGGCGGUGACCCAUGUGGGCACCGGGCACAGUGGCAACAUCACCAGCGUGCAGAUCUGCCCGAACAACAAGCACGUCAUCAGCACCAGUGCCGACGGAGCCGUGCUCCGCUGGAGGUUCCCCCACCUCUCCACUUAGAACGGAGAACAACACACACAUCAGUGUCAGCCGUCAAUCAUCAGUCACACUCUCCCGAGCCCUCACAUUACCAUAUCUGCCCCAUUUAUUCUGAUUAUUAGUCUGACGAUAUCCAUGAAGUAAACAAUAAACUUUAGUUUGGUCAUGAA